UGUGGUUUGGAGCUGCAGGUGUAUCCAGGUGUGCGUUCGUUCGGUCAGCGGAUGAUUUACUGGGACUUUGUGGCGGUUUCAGCCCUUUAAAACAGGAUGAAGAUGUUGGCGGUGUUCCUGCUCCUCCUGAAAGUUUCCCAGCAUGCCCUGGCUGUGCUGGUGGAGGUGUAUGCAGGAGAAAAGUCCAUCCAGCUGCCCUGUCAGUACUCAGGGUUUCCACCUGAGGACGAUCCUGCAGUGAUGUGGACUCGCAGUGAUCUGGAUCCCAAAUCUGUCCACCUGCUCCGAGAAGGAGGAGAUGAUCUUAGAGGACAAAACCAGCGUUACAGCGGACGCACAUCAGUGAGGUCUGAUGCUCUGGACUCUGGAGACUUAAGCCUCACUCUGAGGAACCCACAACUGACUGACAGCGGCAGCUACACCUGCUCCAUCAGUGAUGGAAGAGAAGAACGGAGUCUGACAGACAUACAGCUGCAGGUCAAAGACCAGCAGGUGGAGGUGAAGGUGGAGGAAGGCUCAGAGUCUGUCAUCCUGCCCUGCAAAACAACACCUGACCUGCCCGAGGACACCAGGGUGGAGUGGACUCGCUCUGACCGAGCACUCAUGAUGGUCCAUCUGUAUUCUAAUAGAAGUGACAACCCUGAAAAUCAGCACUGCCGUUACUGCGACCGCACAAAGAUGAAUGAAGACCUGCUGAGAACUGGAGACCUUAGUCUGACCCUGAAUUACCCCACACAGAGAGACACAGGAGGAUACAUCUGCACCAUCUACAGGGACAAAGACAUCCUGAGACAGAAAGUAGUGCUGCAGGUCAAAGAACCAUUUCCAUCCUGGGUCAAAGUUGUCCUGGUUCUCCUGGUUCUCCUGGCUCUUGGAGGUCUUUUAUUUUUUUUUCGUCAGUAUCUCAUCAGCAUCAUCCCCAAAGUAGCAGCGGAAUCAGGGGUGGAGUCUGUCCAGCUGCCCUUCAAAACCACAGAACACCUGCCUGAAGAUGCUAAAGUGGAGUGGAAGAUUGGUUCAUACAUGAAAGUCCACGUGUAUCAGAACGGCUCUGACCAGGCUGAUGAACAGGACCAGUUUUACGGAGACCGAACGAAGACGAAUGAAGACCUGCUGAAAACAAGAGACCUCAGUCUGACCCUGAAAUACCCCACAGAUGGAGACAACUCCUACUACACCUGCACCAUCUACAGCAGCAAAGGAAACAUACUGAUGAAGAAACAAGUGCAGCUGAAAGUGAAAGUCUAUCAGCUGGAGGUAGAGGAGGGGGUGGAGCCUGUCCAGCUGCCCUUCAAAACCACACAAAACCUACCUGAAGACGUUAGAAUGGUGUGGUGGCGUGAUGAACCCCAACCAAUAAUGUUGAUCCACCUGUAUCAGAACAGCUCUGACCAGCCUGAAGAACAGCACCAGGAUUACAGACACCGAACGAAGGGAGAGCUCAGGCCCAGGAUCAAACAGGGAUCAUCGGGAACAGAAGCAGCUCCAUUGAUCCGACUCCUCUGA